AGUGUCUACUGUUUAAAAGAAAGGGACUUCUCCCUCCCUCUCUCUUUCUCUCUCUCUCCCUCUCUCUCUCUCUCUUUCACUCAUUCCCUCUCUCAGCAUCAGCAGACAGACACAGGCUGGAUGGAGCACUCUCACUGAGAGCAGAGAGAGACAGGAGGGAAUGACAGGACUGUCAUCUGUCUAAAGAAAAUUAAAAAGCACUUGAAGAGUUCCUGAUGUUUUCAGCCCUUCGUUUGCCGUCACAUUGCAGGUCCUAGACAGAGGCACGUCUCUGAGCCUGUAGAGAAGGACUGCUCUCACUAAGGAUAAAUCCUACAUUCAGUAUCUUAUCCACACCGGUGAGGAGUGUCCUGUGAGAUCCUCUCGUCAUGGGGAUGCGAGGCCUGCUGCUGGCCACUAUGGCAGUGGCUGUUUUAGUUCAUCUGUCUAAUGCUGGCCUGGUGAAAAGAGUAAUCAGACACAGAAGAGAAUCCCUCUCACCAACCACUGAGAACUUGACCCUGCCAAGCCCUGAUCAGCCUGUGGUCUUUAACCACGUGUACAACAUCAACGUCCCCUCAGGGUCCCUGUGCUCUGUGGACAUGGAUUCACCUGGAACAACAGAAAUUAAGCCCAAGUCGGAGCAAUCUGACCAGCAUAUAGAACACACCACAGACGGGGAGAAUCAGAUUGUUUUUACUCAUAGGAUUAAUAUUCCCAAGCAAGCUUGCGGUUGUGAUAACCACAUGCCAGAUAUGAAGGAGCUUCUGAACAGGCUGGAAAUGCUGGAGGCAGAGGUUUCCAGUUUGAGGGAGCAGUGCACCAGUGGGGCAGGCUGUUGUUCUGCUCAGGUUACAGGUGAAGUCACAACUAAACCCUACUGCAGUGGCCGCGGCAACUACAGCUCUGAGACCUGCAGCUGUGUGUGUGAACCCGGCUGGAAGGGAGUCAACUGCUCUGAGCCAGAGUGCCCGAACUACUGCCAGGAUCAAGGGCGAUGUGAGGAUGGCAAGUGUAUCUGCUUCGAGGGUUUCGGUGGUGAGGAUUGUGGCAUCGAGCUGUGCCCUGUGGACUGUGGUGAGAAUGGAGAGUGUAUUGACGGGGCUUGUAUCUGCGCUGAAGGCUUCAUUGGUGAGGAUUGUAGUUUAAGCAACUGCCCAAGCAACUGCCUCGGCAGGGGGCGCUGUGUGGAUGACGAAUGUGUAUGCGACGAGCCAUGGACAGGGUUUGACUGCUCCGAGCUCAUCUGUCCCAAUGACUGCUUUGACCGAGGCCGUUGUGACAAUGGAACCUGCUAUUGCGAUGAGGGUUUUACUGGGGAAGACUGCGGGGAGCUUACCUGCCCCCAAAACUGCAACCACCAUGGAAGAUGCGUCAAUGGCCAGUGCGUCUGCAAUAUUGGCUACAGUGGGGAAGACUGCUCCAAGCUAACCUGUCUCAAUGACUGCAGUCAAAGAGGUCACUGCUUUAAUGGCAAGUGCAUAUGCGACCCUGGAUUCGAGGGUGAGGACUGUAGCUUUCUCUCCUGCCCAGACAACUGCAAUGACCGAGGACAGUGUGUCAACGGCGAGUGUAUUUGUGAUGCUGGAUAUGAAGGCGAUGACUGCUCAGAGCUUUCCUGUCUAAAUAACUGCCACGAUCAUGGCCGAUGUGUCAACGGGAAGUGCAUUUGCAAAACAGGUUUUGCUGGAGAAGAUUGCAGUAUCAAGACCUGUCCUCAUGACUGCCAUGGACGUGGAGAGUGUGUAGACGGCAAGUGUGUUUGCCAUGAUGGAUUUGCUGGAGAACACUGUGGCAUCAAGACCUGCCCCCAUCACUGCCAUGGACAUGGACAAUGUGUGGAUGGCAAGUGCAUUUGCCACAAAGGUUUUGCUGGAGAAGAUUGCAGUAUCAAAACCUGCCCCAAUCACUGCCAUGGACAGGGACAGUGUAUCGAUGGUAAAUGCAUUUGUCAUGACGGCUUUACUGGAGAAGAUUGCAGCAUCAAAACCUGCCCCAAUCACUGCCAUGGACGUGGACGGUGCGUUGAUGGCAAAUGCAUUUGCCACGAUGGUUUUGCUGGAGAAGAUUGCAACAUCAAGACUUGUCCCAAUGACUGCCAUGAUCAUGGAGAGUGUGUUGAUGGCAAGUGCAUUUGCCAUGCUGGCUUCACAGGCCAUGACUGCAGUGAGUUGACUUGCCCCAAUGACUGCCAUAACCGAGGACGUUGUGUAAAUGGACAAUGUGUGUGUAACAUCGGGUUCACAGGGGAGGACUGUGGUACAAAGACAUGUCCCAACAACUGUCUGGACCGUGGCUUCUGCGAAGAUGGAAAGUGUGUCUGCUUUGAGGGCUACACCGGUGAGGACUGCUCUGUACUGACCUGCCCUGCAGACUGCAAUGACCAAGGCCAGUGUCUGAAUGGAAUGUGCAUAUGUGAUCUGGGCUUCACUGGCGAUGAUUGCUCUGAGAUCACGCCACCCAGAGACCUUACUGUGACUGAGGUCGAUCCAGAAACAGUGGACCUCGCCUGGGUUAAUGAGAUGCUUGUGACAGAGUAUCUUAUCACCUAUGUACCCACGGCUCCUGGAGGUUUGGAGAUGGAAAUGAGAGUCUCUGGUGAAAAGAAGACAGCUACUAUUAGGGAGCUGGAGCCUGGCAUAGAGUACCUAAUCAGUGUCUUUGCAGUCCUCAACAGCAAGAUGAGCGUCCCUGUCAGUGCCAGAAUAGCCACACAUCUUCCUGAACCCGAGGGUCUGAAAUUCAAAUCCGUUAAAGAGACUUCAGUUGAGGUUGAGUGGGACCCCUUGAACAUCCCGUUUGAUGGCUGGAACCUAAUCUUCAGAAACACAAAAGAAGAAGAUGGAGAGAUUUUGAACUCUCUCGCCCCGCCUGAGACCACCUUUGAGCAGUCUGGACUUGGACCUGGACAAGAGUAUGAAGUUAAGCUUGAAGUCGUAAAGAACAACACCCGUGGACCUCCAGCCAGCAAGAACGUCGUCACAAUGAUUGAUGCUCCCAGCCAGGUGGAUGUGCGUGACGUGACGGACACUACAGCCCUGGUCACGUGGCUUCAGCCUGUCGCUCAGGUGGAUGGAAUUUCCGUGUCCUACGGCCCGAACACAGACUCCUCCGACAGGAACACAAUCGAGCUUUCCUCCAUAGAAACCCAGUACCAUCUGGCUGAGCUGUCUCCGGACACUGAGUAUGAGGUCUCUCUCAUGGCUCGCCGGGGAGAGAUGAGCAGCUUCCCUAUCUAUGAGACCUUCACAACAGAUCUGGAUUCCCCAAAGCACCUCAAGGCAAUUGAGCAGACAGAUGAGAGCAUAACUCUGGAGUGGAGAAACAGCAGAGCCAACGUCCUCAAUUAUCGUGUCAAAUACGGCCCACUUUCUGGAGGGGAACAUGGAGAGCUGGUCUUCCCCAGCGGCCUGCAAGACACCACUCAGGCUAAGAUCACUGGCCUCAGGCCCGGGACUGAAUAUGGAAUGGGAGUGACUUCAAUCAAGGAAGAGCGUGAGAGUUUGCCUGCGACGACUAAUGCUGUGACUGAUCUUGAUCCUCCCAAAGACCUUCAAGUAAGUGAGACCACAGAGACCACACUGGCACUGGUUUGGAGGAGACCGGUUGCUAAAAUCGAUACCUAUAGUCUCGUGUUUAUACCUGCGGAUGGGGAUAGAACUGAACUGAAGAUACCUGGUGCUGCAAAUACCUACAUCCUGACUGGCCUGAACCCUGGCAUGCUGUACACCAUUACCCUGACCGCUGAGAGAGGAAGAAAGCUGAGCGCGCCAGCCACCCUGUCAGCAUCCACAGAUGAGGAGAAGCCUCAGGUGGGCAACAUCACCAUCUCUGACGUGUCCUGGGACAGCUUCAGUAUGUCCUGGGAUCUGGACAGAGGAGAGGUUGAGGGAUUUCUGAUUGAAGUGUCUGACCCAGAUGGCUUAUCUGAUGGCCAGAACCACACACUCUCCGGCCAGGAGUUCACCCUGGCUGUCACUGACCUCUCUCCUAGUACUUUCUACAGGGUCACACUGUACGGGCUGUACAAGGGAGAGCUCUUAGAUCCUGUCUUUGCAGAAGCCAUCACAGAAGCCGAACCUGAAGUGGAGCAUAUUACGGUGUCGGACAUCACCCCGCACAGCUUUAAAGUGACUUGGACAGCGCCAGAGGCCAUCUUUGAUUCAUUCGCUCUCAAAGUCUUUGAUUCAAGCGGCCUGGGUCGACCUCACCAGAUCAGUGUAUCUGGAGACAAGCGAACAGAAGCGGUCUCAGGUCUCAAUGAAGACACGGAUUAUGAAAUCGAGCUCUUUGGGAUCAUUUUGGGACGGAAAUUCCAGCCCAUUUUCACUGUAGCUCGCACAGGGCUUGGUACACCGAAGGGAAUACGCUUUUCUGAUGUGACCGAUACAUCGGCUACUGUUCACUGGACUAUGCCACAUACCCGUGUAGACAACUACCGGGUCAUCUAUGUGCCCAUUCAGGGUGGCAGUCCUCUGACACUGAGAGUGGAUGGAGGAGAGUCUCAAGCUAUGCUCUCCAAUCUGACCCCUGGUGUCACCUACCAGGUCACGGUCAUCGCUGUCAAGGGCUUGGAGGAGAGUGAACCCGGAUCUGAAAGGGUCACGACAGCUCUGGAUAAACCUCGAGGCCUGACAGCAGUAAACAUCAGUGACACUGAAGCCCUGCUGUUGUGGCAGCCGUCCAUCGCCACUGUAGACGGAUAUGUGAUCACGUACAGCGCAGACAGUGUGGCUCCAGUGAUGGAAAGGGUGUCUGGGAACACGGUGGAGUUUGAGAUGAGCUCACUCACUCCUGCUACUUUAUACACUGUUAAAGUCUAUGCAUUCCGAGACACAGCCAAGAGCGCGGCAACCAGCACUGACUUCACUACAGAUGUUGAUGCUCCUCAGAAUCUGGCUGCCAGUAACAUUCAAACAGAGACCGCCAUGUUGACGUGGAAGCCGCCAAGAGCAGACAUCAGCGGGUACAUCCUCAGCUUUGAGUCCGCUGAUGGUGUAGUCAAGGAGGUGGUCCUCAGCCCCACAGCAACAUUUUACAGCAUGUCCCAGCUCACCGCCUCCACAGAGUAUACAGUCAAACUGCAGGCCAUCGCUGGACCAAAGAGAAGCAGAGUCAUCUCUACAGUCUUCCUCACCAUUGGAGUGCUGUAUAAGCAUCCUAAAGACUGCUCGCAGGCUCUGCUGAAUGGGGACACCACCUCAGGAUUGUACACCAUUUACCUGCGUGGAGAUGAGAGUCAACCCCUGCAGGUCUACUGUGAUAUGACCACCGAUGGAGGCGGUUGGAUCGUGUUUGUGAGGCGGCAGAGUGGUAAAGUGGAGUUUUUCAGAAACUGGAAGAACUACACGGCAGGCUUUGGUGACCUGAAUGAUGAAUUCUGGCUUGGUCUAUCUAACCUCCAUAAGAUCACCUCCUUUGGGCAGUAUGAGCUGCGUGUGGACCUCAGAGAUAAGGGAGAGUCUGCAUACGCGCAAUAUGACAAGUUUUCAAUCUCUGAACCACGUGCUCGCUACAAAGUCCAUGUUGGAGGAUACAGUGGCACAGCAGGUGAUUCAAUGACGUAUCAUCACGGCCGUCCAUUCUCAACUUACGAUAAUGACAACGAUAUAGCGGUCACCAACUGUGCUCUGUCAUAUAAGGGAGCUUUCUGGUAUAAAAACUGUCAUCGAGUGAAUAUAAUGGGCAGAUAUGGAGACAACAGCCACAGCAAGGGUGUAAACUGGUUCCACUGGAAGGGUCACGAGCACUCGGUGGAGUUUGCAGAGAUGAAGAUCAGGCCUGCCAACUUCAGAAACUUUGAGGGAAGAAAAAAGCGAUCAUAAACCACUAAGCUUCAGCUGGAAUCAACCAACCCAUUUGGCCCCAGUUCCUCCUGCAUCAUCUCAUCCCCUUCAUCUACCAAAGCCACUGCCAGGAGCCCGGCCUGCUCUCUACACUCUCCUGUUCAUGGAGAACAAAUACAACAACAAAAGUUUUCACCCCACCCCCCAUUCAAAGCUAAAGUCCUAACACGGUCGUGUAUGUGUAUACACUUCUGUCCACAUCAAUCUGACAGUAAACCAAUAGACUCAUAGUGAAGUGGUAAACAUUACACACUGUGCCUGUUCAUCAUAAGCACACCAAAGACAGACCCUCCGAUAACAUAAAACACAAUGCAGACAGAGAGGAGAUUUUGAGUUUGGCUUGGUGCUUUCAAGUUUUAAAAAAAUACUGAUAUUAUUCUUUCUAUCCAUACAGUUACUGUGGAGAGAGUUGAAUUGUUUGUGUGUGGUGUUUUUUUGCAUUAGAGCCUCUUCCUUAAUAUGUUAUUUUCUCAGUUAGGUUGAGAAGUUUAAAAGCACAUGAUAAAAACUUUGGAUUAAGAAAAAAAUAUCUAGUGGGGAGGCUCUGAGAUUUUUACUUUUUUUUAAUCUCUUUCUUUGCUGUAUGUGAUAAAUCUAAGUAUCCAUGCGCUCUGUCUUCUCUCUCCCACAAAGUCCUGCAUUCUGCUGAUCAGUUUCCAGAAACGGUACCUUUACAGUACUGCUAAGUGUUCAUUUAUAUGCACCUUUCGUCGUGUUUCCUGUACCCUAUACCUCUAUUGGCAUUCAGUCACAGAGCAUAAGAACAUUUGUUGCUUGUUAUUAAAAGAAAGAUUUUAAAAAAGCAAAAGUUAAGGCAGGACCUAUGUUCAGUUUUUUGGUUUUAAGCGAUGCUGUGUUCGCUAGUUAUGAGCUUGUGUAAUGUUCAAGAUUCAGAAAGAAAAAGUAACAGCUGGGUUUUUGGAAUUGUUGUAAACAUAGCCUUAUAUGAAAGUUCUGUUUGCAAAAAAAAAGAAUUAAUAUACAGAAUAAGUCUUCGUGUUUGCCCCUACCCUGCUAUCGACUAAACCACUGACCCUAUACAAAACCUGUGUAAAUUAUGUCUCGUUUUGGUAUUUGAAUAUUUUUGUUUGUUUGUUUGUUUGUUUAUUAAAUGGGUGUACAACAGGUGUUUCUUUGUAACCCCUCUUACAAUAAAACAGAUUUUGUUUAAUAA